UCAUUGGUGAAGAGGGUUCUGUUGGAGAGCAGGGUGAACCAGGAGAUAAGGGCUCUAAAGGGGAACCAGGCCACCCAGGACCAACUGGCCCACCUGGGCCGAAGGGUGUCAAAGGGGUGCAAGGACUCCAUGGUCUGCAGGGGCCAGAGGGGGAGCCCGGGCCUGAUGGGGACACGGGACCUCCGGGCCUGGUGGGAGCUCCAGGUAUGACGGGCGCGGUCGGAGCGCAGGGGGUGAACGGUUCCCAGGGUGAACCCGGACCUGCUGGGGCCACUGGACACAGGGGCCCGCAGGGUCCGCAAGGCUUAGAUGGAGUACGAGGGCCGCCAGGGUCACGGGGGGCCCAGGGAAUGAUGGGGAAGGAGGGUCCUAUUGGUCCAAAAGGAGAUGCAUGCCAGCCUGGGCCAGUGGGACCCGGGGGGGAGCAAGGGUUCGAGGGGCCAAUGGGUGCCCCGGGAGCACCAGGCCCUCCGGGGAUUCUGGGAAACACAGGAAACAGAGGACCAGAUGGGGACAGGGGGGAUAUUGGGACAAAAGGGGACAGGGGUCUUCAGGGUGCUUCGGGAAUCAGGGGUCCCCAAGGAGAAGAGGGGCCUUCUGGUUUCCUAGGAUUUCCCGGGGCCAAAGGUCAAUCAGGUUCCAAAGGCAUCCAGGGAGAAGACGGGGAGGAAGGAUCCCGUGGAAAAGCUGGCGUGACGGGGUCAAAGGGGAACAGAGGGCCUGACGGCCGUAAGGGGAGGUCAGGACUCAGGGGACCCAAGGGUCGUACAGGACAGCGCGGGCCUGCCGGUACUCCUGGGACGCCGGGUCUGCCCGGCCCUCCUGGGACAGAGGGACCUGAAGGAAAGCCUGGUACACAGGGUCCCGAUGGUGCAGUAGGAAUCCCUGGCAGUAGAGGACCCAGAGGGUUUCAAGGUGUUGGGGGAGAGCCGGGAGAUGGAGGUUCCCUUGGGUCCACGGGACCUCCAGGACAGCCAGGCCCACAGGGUGCCCCGGGACCGACCGGAGACAGAGGUUUCAGUGGGAAGUCAGGUGUUGAGGGCCCCCAGGGACCAGUAGGCAUGUAUGGUUAUCCUGGAACAGUGGGAAUGCGUGGAAGACCAGGUCACAUGGGAGAGAGGGGGGAACCUGGUUUGAGAGGCCUCCCUGGUCCUUUGGGGAAACACGGAGCUCCAGGUAAACCAGGACCACCAGGAGAAAGAGGGCCCCCAGGGCCACAGGGUCGCCCAGGGGAUGCGGGACCCACAGGGCUGGACGGGGCACCUGGCUCCAGCGGUACUCCAGGCACAGACGGGGCGUUGGGGAAGCCAGGGGCCCCAGGACGCCAAGGGCCACAGGGGCCACGGGGCUUGGAUGGGCCCCCUGGAAUUCCAGGCAAAGAGGGGGAGCAGGGAUUGCUGGGACCUGCUGGAGAGAAAGGAGAGAGGGGAAUUCUGGGAGCCACAGGGGAUGCUGGUCCCCAAGGACUGGACGGAGAACAGGGUCUCAUGGGUCCAGGGGGCGUGGAGGGCCCACCGGGGGAGAAAGGGGAUCAGGGAGAUUUAGGUCCCUGUGGAAGAGUUGGCCCUGAGGGGCCUAAAGGAUACCCUGGGCCCCAGGGUGGCAAAGGCCUGCCAGGGAAACUGGGGCAGCCAGGCGAAGAGGGGGACGUCGGGCCUCCAGGAGGACUGGGAGACCCAGGUCCUAAAGGAGAAAAGGGUGAUGUCGGCCCCGUCGGAUUUCAGGGACUGGAGGGGCCCCCUGGGGACCUUGGGGAGAAUGGGGAGAGGGGCCCCAAAGGAGAGAAGGGCCACAUUGGAAUGCUGGGUCAGGUGGGGUUGCUGGGCGGCAUCGGACCCGCGGGUCUGGCUGGACUGGAGGGGGCUAUGGGGCCCCGGGGCCUCCCAGGGCCCGACGGACCUGAGGGACUAAAGGGGGAGGUGGGGCCAAGUGGUCUAAUUGGCCCCUCUGGAGUCCCAGGGCCUCAGGGCGUGGCGGGGCAGGCAGGGCUGAAGGGCACCAGGGGAAACCCGGGUCGGCGGGGGGCCGUAGGAAAGCGGGGGCCCUGGGGGCCCGUUGGUCUGAAGGGGCUGGAGGGGCCAGAGGGGGCUAAGGGACUGGCGGGGGAGAAAGGGGAGCUGGGAGAGGAGCCCUGCUGA